CUAUAGAGAAAAGUACAGUUGCUCGUUCGUCACGCUCACGAUCGUCAGUCACAAAAAUAAUUUUUAAUAAUAAUAAUUUUUCUAUAUCCAAAUUUUUGAGCAUUUAUUCCUAUUUAAAUACGUAUGGAGUUAUUACUCAUUAGUUAAUGUCGAUUUUCCACCAGUAACCAGUUUUAAAUCGAAAUUGAAACCUCUUCUCUCGGCUAGGUUACAGUACUAAAACAAAGAUGGAUUUAGACAAGUGGAUUGAAAUAGCUAAAGAAUGCAAAUACCUUCCUGAAAAUGACUUAAAGAAACUUUGUGAUAUUGUAUGUGACUUGGUAAUGGAAGAGCCAAACAUCCAACCUGUUUAUACUCCAGUCACUGUUUGCGGUGACAUCCAUGGUCAGUUUUACGACUUGGAAGAACUGUUCCGGAGUGGGGGUCAGGUGCCUGAUACUAACUACAUUUUUAUGGGCGAUUUUGUUGACCGAGGCUACUACAGUCUGGAAACACUGACUAGGUUGCUCACUCUGAAGGCGCGUUGGCCGGAUAGGAUCACGCUGCUCAGGGGUAACCACGAGUCCAGGCAAAUCACGCAGGUCUAUGGAUUUUAUGAUGAAUGUCAGAAGAAGUAUGGUAACGCUAACGCUUGGAGCUAUUGCUGUAGAGUGUUUGAUCUACUUACUGUUGCAGCUUUAAUAGAUGAACAAAUUCUUUGUGUACACGGGGGCCUUUCUCCCGAUAUCCAGACUUUGGACCAGAUAAGAAUUAUUGAAAGAAAUCAAGAGAUUCCUUGUAAAGGAGCAUUUUGUGACCUCGUUUGGUCAGACCCGGAGGAGGUUGACACAUGGGAGGUGAGCACGAGGGGUGCGGGGUGGCUGUUCGGACCCAAGGUCACUCACGAGUUCAUGAAUCUCAAUAACCUCACGCUCAUCUGUCGGGCUCACCAGUUGGUGCAUGAGGGUAUCAAGUUCAUGUUCGACGAGAAACUAGUGACAGUGUGGUCGGCGCCCAACUACUGCUACCGAUGUGGCAACGUCGCUUCCAUCCUGCAGUUCAAGAGCGCCGAAAAACGCGAACCAAUCAUAUUCUGCGCCGUGCCCGAAACUGAUCGUGUGACGCCCUCUGUCUUCACCACGCCCUACUUCCUCUAAGGGUUUCGAGGUCUUAAGGGUCUGUAAGGGUACUUCAAGGACCUUAGGGUCGUCUCUGAAGGUCUAAGGGUUUCUGAGGGUCUGAGUCUGUUGAGGGUCUGAGGGCGUCAGUGUCAUUUAAGGACUUGAGGGUCUGAUAGACUUUUGAAGAUGCUUCAGGGCUAUUUAAGGGCCUGGAGACCUUGAAAGGACUGAGAGACUCAAGGUAAUUGUCCCAAGGAUUUCCAAGGGCCUAAGGACUCUAAAGAGCUAAACAGACUUAGAAUUAUUCUAGGAACCUUUAUAAAGGUCUAAACGUUUAAGGGCUCUGAACACCUCGUAGAAACUGAAGGCCUAAGAGUCUCUAAGGGCCUAAGAGACUCUAGAAGGCUCUGACCUCCAAGGGCUCCAAGAUCUUCAGAUGCUCUAAGAAAUUGAAGAACCUAAGUGUAGACUCCACCCUUCCUAUCCAUCAAAUGCUUCUGCAAGUGCACUUUUCUAUUAUGUAAAUACCAUGUACAUUCUUACAAGUGAUAGAUCAUUUUCUAAUGUGCUAAUAAACGGUUAAGAAAUUGAA